AUGAUGAACCACGACCGCGACGCCGACCGCGCCGGUCUGCUUGGCUCAGACUCGGACUCACAUUCACAAAACGCAGGCAGCUACUCGCGACCCUUCCGACGCGAGCCUGCGCCGGGCCUUCAGCAUUCCAACAUCGUGCAACCUGGCCGAGGCACCGCUGCCAACCCCACCAGCACCUUCCACUCCACCUCGACCGGCUCACACUCGUCCAACAGCGGCACUCCUCGCUUCCUCGGCGCACACAAUGCUGGCGCACGCGGCUCGUCGUCCGAAGUGAGCGUGCACUCCUCCCAGUUCAGCAGCGCCAGCAGCUUCACCGGAGGCAAGAGCGGCUAUACUACGGACGAGAAGACCGCGCUCAACAGGCGUGGUGCGGCAGGUCGCACUGCUGCGCCCGGCGCAGCCGCGUUGGCGUACGACUCGGACGACGACGACUGGCUGCACGACCCUAGCAUCAACGAUCACCGAAAGCUUCCCAAAUCAGACAUGCACGAGUCCAUCACGUCCAUGAGGGGCAUCCUCAAUAUCGGCACGUUGCUGCUCAUCCUCGCGUGCCUGCUCAUGCUCUUCCUCGGAUACCCCGUCAUCAUUGAGAUCAGCAAACAGCAUUCGGACGGCACCGCUUCCUCCUCGCUCAGCACCACCAACCAGUACACCACCUUCCCCUCCGAGAUGAAGCGCGGCCUCAUCGAUCAGCAGACCCCGCAGUCCGCCUACAACCGAACUUCCACCGUCGACGACUCGAAAUGGCAUCUCGUCUUCAGCGACGAGUUCAACAUCCCCGGCCGCUCCUUCUGGCCGGGCGAGGACCCGUUCUGGGAGGGAUUUCACGGCUGGUACUCGGGCACCAAUGACUACGAAUACUACACACCCGAAGCCAUCAACACCACCACCGACGGCAAGCUUCAGAUCAGCUUCGAGGAGCGCGAGACCAACAACCUCAACUUCCGUUCCGGCAUGCUUCAGUCGUGGAACAAGGCGUGCUUCACCGGCGGCUACCUCGAGGUGCGCGCCCAGCUGCCCGGCUCACCCGACGUGGCGGGAUUCUGGCCCGGCCUGUGGCUCAUGGGCAACCUCGGCCGUCCAGGCUACAACGGUGUCAACGAGGGUAUCUGGCCCUACUCGUACGCCGGAUGCGACACGGGUGCGCUGCCCAACCAGACAUGGGUCAACGGCAGUGGUCCAGCGCACGCGAUCAAUGCCAACGGUCAGUUCAGUUACCAGGUCAACCACAAGCUCUCCUACCUCCCCGGUCUGCGCUUCCCGGCGUGCACGUGCCCGGGCGAAGACCACCCGGGCCCGAACAACAAUGUGGCGCGCAGCUCGCCCGAGUUGGACAUGCUCGAGGCGACCAUCGGCGCUAAUGGUGGACAGAGUUCGCAGUCGCUCCAAGUGGCACCGUUCGACGUCGACUACUUUUACAACAACAAGUCUGGCACCGACUACACCAUCCACGACGCCGACACGACCAAGAUCAACGGCUACCACGGAAAUGAGCUGCAAGAGUCGGUGUCUGCGCUGUCUGCGAUCCCCGACCGGGCUUACCAGAGGUACGCGAAUCCGCAGUACGUCAACUUUGGCGUGGAGUGGGAGCCGGACAUGAACGGCGACGGCAUCGGGCUGAACGGCGAGCCGAGCUACAUUACUUGGUGGAUCGACGACAAGCCGACGUGGACGCUGAGGGCGAGCGCGCUCACGGGCGUGCCCGAGCUGGACAUCAGCCGAAGGCUUAUCCCGAGAGAACCGAUGUCGAUCAUCCUCAACUUGGGAAUGGCGUACAACUUCCAGCCGCCCGUGUGGGACCGGCUGCAAUUCCCCGGCACGCUCAAGGUCGACUAUGUGCGCAUGUAUCAGCGCGACGGUCGGGCGGAUCGGGUGUCGUGCGAUCCAAAGGAGUUCCCCACGCGAUCCUACAUUGAACGUCACCAAGACAUCUACUCCAACGUCAACAUCACCAGGUUCCCCAAGGAUCGAAUCCCCAAGAACUCGCUCACACAUCCUGGAUGCAAGUAA